AGCGCUCAGUCACACGAAAACAACUAUAUAUAAAUAAAUAAAUACACAAUCAACAAACGCACAAUAAACGUUGCCAAAAGGAUAUACAUACAGCGUAGUCAUGAUUACGUUACAGGAGCUAAAAAAGUUGAGACUGAUCCAUCUAUGUAUCGCGAUAACCUUCUUCACCAGCGGCCUGUCCAUUAAUUUUCUGCAACUUUUGCUCCACAUCUGCCUAAAGCCCUUCAAUAAACGUCUCUUCCGUAAAUUAAUGUACUAUCUUUGCUACUCCUUCUACAGCCAGCUUGUUUUCAUGGCCGAUUGGUAUGCGGGCUGUAAGUUGCGAGUGUAUAUGGAUGCCGAGGAUGAGAAGAAAUAUGCUGGCAAGGAGCAUGUUCUGCUCCUGAUGAAUCAUAAGUAUGAAAUCGAUUGGCUGGCUGGCUGGAUGAUCUGCGAAAAAGUCGGAGUUUUGGGCAACUGCAAGGCCUAUGCGAAAAAGGCCAUUAGAUAUGUGCCCUGCAUGGGCUGGGCCUGGUGGCUAGCCGAGUUUGUCUUUCUCAAUCGUGAUUUUGACAAGGAUAAGGAGAUUAUUGCCAAGCAGCUCAAGAUUGUGUUCUCCUAUCCGGAUCCCACCUGGUUGCUGUUGAAUGCAGAGGGCACACGAUUCACCCCUGCCAAGCACGAAGCGUCCGUUAAGUUUGCUCAGGAACGGGGAAUGACCCCACUUAAGCAUCAUUUGAUACCACGCACGAAAGGCUUUACGGCCAGCUUGCCCACAUUGCGUGGCAUCUGUCCCGUCAUCUAUGAUAUCAAUUUGGCCUUUAAGAGCGACGAGAAGGUACCUCCCACCAUGCUGUCCCUGCUCAAUGGGAAGUCCGUUGAGCCUUAUAUGUUAAUGCGUCGCAUUCCACUCGAGCAAGUGCCGGAGGGCGAGAAGGAGGCAGCGGAUUGGCUGCAAAAGUUGUUUGUGGAAAAGGAUCGAAUUAUCGAUAGCUUCCAUGAGACGGGCAGCUUCUUCGAGAAGUCCGGCGUAAAGGAGGUGCCAUACAAAAUCUGUAAACCACGUCUCAGCAGUUUACUUAACUUUGUUGGCUGGGCAAUCUACUCGUUAUCCUUCAUCUUCUAUUAUCUUAUCUCGUCCCUCCUGGCCUCCAAUUGGACUGGUCUGAUAACAGCGCUCUCUCUGCUGGGCAUUUUCUAUUGGCUAAUGGGCGUGGCAAUUAAUAAGACACAGAUUAGCAAAGCCUCCAGUUACGGUGCACAAAGCAACAAAACUAGCGCACAUUAAUUUGUAUAAAUACAAAAAUCCAAUUAUUUCGUUGUUUGUUAACGAGCGUGUUUAGUCAAUGAGCCAAGCUGAUAAUCUCACAAUUAUAUAUCUCUAUACACAAAUAACUUUUAAUCGUGGAUUUUUGCUUGAUAUGUCUUAUCAGCAGUCUUUAUCUCAAAUUUCUGUUCGUUUUUUGGCUAUGAGUAACAAGCUAUCAGUUUGGAUAUAAAUUUAAUGAAUUAAUACAUGGAUAAGGUGUCGCACACUAGACAUACGAAACGUUGAAAUUAUGCAAUAAAA